GUUUUCAUUUCCCGGAAAGGUCGCUAUGUGAAAACCGAUUGAGACCGGUUUAGUGAGUUUAUUUAACUCUCCGUGUGCGGGCUAUGAUCGUCAGGAAAAUAUUUUAUUUCACUGUCGAGUUGAUGAAAGUAUGGAGGCCACUUUCUCGUCACCUUUGAAGAUAGGAAAGAAGGCAAGGACUUUUCCAUCCAUGCUUGGAAAACAAUUUGGAUCUGUUCCCAGUGUAAAUCACUGCUCCUCUGAUGAGCUGCCAUCGAUCAGUCCAUCCCUUCAGGAAGACCUGUGGCAUCUACCUGGCCGUUUGAGAAUUAAUCCAUCUCUGUGGGAUUUGGAGGAUGUUAGCCACUGGCUACACUGGGCUCAGAGGGAAUAUUCACUGCGCCUGCCAGAAAAUGGAUGCUUUGAAAUGAAUGGACGAGCCCUUUGUCUGCUUACCAAGGAAGAUUUCAGACGCCGUUGUCCAAGCUCAGGUGAUGUUCUCUAUGAGAUUUUACAAUGUGUGAAACAGCGGAGAAGGAGUACAGCGUGUGAACCCCAAAAGAGGUCUCCUCCCCCUGGUAGCAGCCUGGUCAACACAGCUGGACCCAGCAGGAGCCCUCUCAGUGUCUCAGAUCCCCAGCCUCCAACAGUUAGUAAAACUAAAGCUUUGUUUCCUUUCACCGCUGGGGUUUGUGCAGUCACUGAAACCAAGGCAGCCUGUCAGCCAGAACCCAUAUCACCUGUCAGGGAUAAACCCUCUGUCCUUCACAUGUCCGCUGCCCCCCCCACACACAGCAACGGAUCAGCAUUUGUCUCGAUUUUGUCCCACAACCAAGUUCAGUCUCCUCCCACAUUGGGCAACAGCACAGUCCAGGAGCCUCUCAACCUGUCCAGUCGAGCGAGGUCUAGAAGUCCACUACACAAAGCCAACGGACGCAUCCCAGAGUGCAAAUUGCUGUGGGAUUACGUGUACCAGCUGCUGUGUGAUGACCGUUACCAAGAAUACAUCCGAUGGGAAGAUCGAGACAGCUUUGUGUUCAGGGUGGUCGAUCCCAACGGACUGGCACAUCUCUGGGGCAACCACAAGAACCGAGACAACAUGACAUAUGAAAAAAUGUCCCGUGCUUUGCGGCACUACUACAAGCUCAACAUCAUCAAGAAGGAGCGAGGCCAAAAACUACUGUUCAGGUUCCUGAAAAUUCCACAAGACCUCACAAAACAAGAAAUUGUCCUCACUGGUUCCCCAGAAGGGACGUCACCCCAGGAGAGGGACACUGAAAACAACAGUCCUUCACGUGACUACAGUGAGGAACAUUUUGAGCUGUCCCCUGAUCCUGCUUCCCCACAGCCUGGUGCUCCAGUUGAACACCAAACAUGUGAAUUAAAUGUCCACUAAGGAACAUUGUGAAUGUUCCGUGCGGGUGAAAUUGUAUUUUUAAAGCUACAUGUGUAGGAUUUAUAGUGCAGCAGCUAAGAGAAUAUUUAGAGCAAAAUCCUGCAUAUGGUGAUACAAGCAUCAAAUUUGGCACAAAUACUCCUUAGAUGUUUCCUUAGUUCUCUUUUGGAAAAACCGACUAGCCACUUGAAUUUUCAAUAGGUGGCCAGCUAGAGGUCAAUUGAAGAAUUACACAGGGGUCAAAAUUAAAAAUGCUCCAAUCAAAUUGAAAAAUACACUACAUUAUUUGUCUGAUCAUAACGAUUCCAAAAAGGUAUAGUUUGGAUUAUCUAUGACUGAUAGUUAACAGGGUAUUAAAAAGGAAUAGAUUGGACCAUGCUUAGUUAUCAUGUUACAGGGUAACAUAUAAGAUAAGAUAAGAUAAGAUAAGAUAAGACUUUAUUGAUCUCACAGUG